AUGCUUAACAGUCAUGAUUCAGCCAUUGGACAAAGCUUCUAUAAGAUACCACGUUUUUCUGGGCGAAUAGUGGGCAUCUGGCCAGAGUAUAAACGCAGCUGGGCUACGAAUCUGAUCUGCGCCUUUAGCUUUUUUGUCAUCUUGGUCGGUGCUUGUGGCGAGAAUCUCUAUGGCAUUGCAAACUUGGAUAAUUUGAUAAGAGCGUUGGAAGCGUUCUGCCCCGGCAGCACCAAAGCCGUUUGUGUGCUCAAAUUGUCCAUAUUCGUAAUCCAUCAUCGCGAGUGGCUCGAACUGGUCGACCGAUUGCGCGUUAUAUUGUACAGCAGCAGGAGCUACGAGGCUCAGAAGACGCUAGUUAGUAAAUCCACAAUAGCGAACCGUCUAAGUCUGCUGUUGGUUUCCUCCGGCUCGAUAACCAACAUGGCCUUCAAUAUUCAGCCCUUGAUAAUGGGCCUUUAUCGCUGGGCUUACGGAAUACCGGGUCAACUGGAUCUACCCUUCAAUAUAAUACUACCUGCAUUUGCGACGACGCCAUCCGUCUUUCCUCUCACCUAUUUGUUGCUUACGGCUUCUGGGGCUUGCACCGUGUUCACCUUCAGCUUUGUUGAUGGAUUCUUUCUGUGCAGCUGCUUGUACAUCAGCGGAAUAUUUCGUGUAAUACAAAUGGAUAUUCGUUCCAUUUUCUUUCCGUUAGAUGAGUUGGAGAUAUACACGCCUUCAGAAAACGACCAAAUACGGACUCAGCUUGUCAGGAUUGUCGAGCGUCAUAAUGUGAUUAUCGAUUUGUGCACAGAUCUCACCAGGCAGUUUACCGUUAUAGUGCUGAUGCACUUCCUCUCCGCUGCUUUCGUCCUCUGCUCAACUAUUUUGGAUAUUAUGUUGAACACUUCCUCGUUAAGCGGCCUAACCUAUAUAUUUUACAGCGUUGCAGCCCUGACUCAACUCUUCCUGUAUUGCUUCGGCAGCAAUCAUGUCAGCGAAAGUAGCUUAGCCGUGGCUGGGACGUUGUACGACAUUGGAUGGUAUAAAUGCGAUGUGGCGACUAGAAAAAUGAUUUUAAUGAUCUUGCGAAGGUCGCAGAGGGCAAAAUCCAUUGAGGUGCCGUUCUUUACCCCUUCGUUGCCCGCCUUCAGCUCGAUACUUAGCACAACCGGCUCAUAUAUAGCGCUAUUGAAAACGUUUCUGUGAGCCGAUGGUCCGUAUGAUUCGUUUGUG